CCACGAGAGCCCCCUGCGCGACCGCCGGCGCGGACGGCGGCGGCCAUGGCCGCGCCAGGUGCCCUCCGCAGGGCCGCCGUGGCGGGCGCGGGGCCGGCGGGGCUUACGGCGGCGGCGCUGCUGCAGCGAGCAGGCUGGCAGGUCAGCGUGCACGAGGCCGCCCCGAAGGCGGAGUGGGCCGCGAGCCGGGCGUUGCCGCUGGGGCUGUGGGAGCCCGCGUGUCGAGUACUCGAGGGGCUCGGGGUGGCGACAUUCGGGGCCCUCCGUUCGGCCCCUGCCGGGGGGCUGCUACGUCACCGUGGCGGGCCAGGUGCUGGCGGAGCCGUCUGCGGGAGUGCUGUCGCGGCGGGGCUCUCGCGGAGCGGCCGAAGCUGGCACGGGAAGAGCGGGGGCGGCGGCUGACAGCUGUUCUUCCCUCCGGGGCGUCCGAGAGGGGGGCGAGGACGACGGUCAGGAACCUUGGCCUCGUGUGUCAUGCCGUCGGUUUGGGCCCACCACGCUGCGGCGCGACACACG